AUGAGAAGUGUAGGGACUAAGAUGUCAAUCCAAAAGGACCACGACACCGGCGCGUCUUUUAUAAGCAGAGAUUCUCUUCACACAAAAGAGAAGAUGGCAGAGGAGACCCAUCUGACUGAAUUGCCGGGGAAGAGGCUGCGAGAAGAGGCGGCGAAAGAAAACGGUGGUGUUUCUGUUCAGAUGGAAGAGAGUAACGGUGUGGCGGCGCCGGCUGAGUGUAUUUCAACUAUAAUCCCUGGCUGGUUCUCUGAGAUUAGCCCAAUGUGGCCUGGAGAAGCACACUCAUUGAAGGUAGAGAAGAUAUUAUUUCAGGGGACAUCAGAUUAUCAGAAUGUCAUAGUGUUUCAGUCAUCAACUUAUGGGAAGGUUCUUGUCUUGGAUGGUGUAAUUCAACUCACUGAAAGGGAUGAAUGCGCGUAUCAGGAAAUGAUUACUCAUCUCCCACUGUGCUCAAUUCCAAACCCAAAAAAGGUACUAGUUAUUGGUGGAGGAGAUGGUGGUGUCUUGCGUGAAGUGUCUCGCCAUUCUUCUGUUGAGAAGAUAGAUAUCUGUGAGAUUGAUAAAAUGGUCGUCGAUGUUUCAAAACAAUUUUUUCCUAAGGUAGCUGUUGGAUAUGAUGAUCCCCGUGUAACACUUCAUAUUGGCGAUGGAGUUGCAUUUUUGAAGGCUGUUCCUGAAGGAACUUACGAUGCAGUUAUAGUGGAUUCUUCUGACCCAAUAGGUCCUGCACAGGAGUUGUUUGAAAAACCUUUCUUUCGGUCUGUAGCGAAAGCUCUUCGUCCAGGAGGGGUUGUAUGCACCCAGGCUGAAAGCAUAUGGCUUCACAUGCACAUCAUUGAAGAUAUUGUAACUAAUUGCCGCCAGAUUUUCAAGGGUUCUGUGAACUAUGCUUGGACCUCAGUUCCUACUUACCCAAGUGGUGUUAUUGGAUUUAUGCUCUGUUCCACUGAAGGAUCCGCAGUCGAUUUUAAGCAUCCCAUCAACCCAAUAGAUGCUGAAUAUAGCCAUGUCAACACAAAAGGACCCUUAAGAUUCUACAACUCCGAGAUACAUUCUGCAGCUUUCUGUUUACCCUCAUUUGCAAAGAGGGUGAUCGAUUCUAAAACCAAUUGA